UACACUUUGAAUAUAGUCGUUAGACAGUUCACGAAAUAUGCAGAACGGAAAUUGAACAUAUGCCUCAAUAGCUCCCCACUAGACCAGGAGCCAAAUAUAGUGGAGAUACUAUGUGAAGGCGUAGAUCCAAUGUUCGAUCGAAUAAUAUCCUCAUUAGGUUACAUUGCAAGGAGGACUCCAAAGAGAGUUACAGAUGCAGUGAUGCACUGGCGUCGUGGGAAGUCAGAGUUAAGAGAAAUGGCAAGAGCCAUGUUGGAAAAGGAUAUGGCAGCUUAUCAAAAUACGCUAUCGAAAAACAGAACGCACAAUUAUCACAGAAAAUCAAUAUCUCGAUCGAAAAUGUCUGCUGAGCUGCCAUCGAAUCAAGUGUCAAACGAAAGAUCUACCAAAGAAUUAGAAGAACAAGCACAGAAGUCAGAAAUAACAUUUACUCAAGCAGAUCGUCAGUUUACUAUAAGUACUUUCAUAUUGUGGAGGGUUUUGAUUGAAGUGAUCAAGCAGACAUCCUCUUCUACUUUGAUGGAAGAUACCGGUCUCGAAGAGAUCAUGUACAAUUAUUUGAGAAGCAUAGAUCCAUAUUUAGUUAGUCGUUCGUUGAUUCACUCAGCAAAUUGGAACUUACUUUCGGAACUAAUUGGCCAUAUGUCCGAUAAAUCUUUUUUGAGUGUUAGUGAUCGGUUCAUCGCAGAUUUGGAAAAGUUUCCAACAGGAUAUACGAGUGGGAAGUUGUUUUCAGAAGCCAGUCUCAACCUUCUCAUUCAUGGUAUGAGGUAUUUACAAUUUUCCAAUUCUUCCCUUGAAAGGUUUGAAGAAGGUGCAGAUUUCAUCAAAAGUUUAGCCAAGUUUUUCUACAAAUGUGAAAACGAAAACAUAUUCUUAUCAUACUGCGAUGUCAUUAAUCAGCUCUUACUAUCCCUUGCGGGUACACUUACUGCAGAGGUAAACCAUCCAACAUGGGUAGAUGCAAUAAAAGUUAUCUAUUCGAAAAGUCUCACCAUUGCCAGCUCGAACUCAAACAAAUAUUGGAACAGUGCAAUGACUUUGGCUGUUACAGCUUUAUCUGUUGCUCCAAAAGAAAUGUUUGAGAGCAAAUGGAGAGAUAUUGUUGAUGUCAUAACGAAAAGACUAAAACCAAAAACAUCUGCUUCCGAGAAGUUGAUUGUGAUUACAUGUGUUACCAGACUAACAUGGGCUUAUUUAUUUCGAUAUUCAGAUACCUUGAACUCUAAAACACGGACAAUGGAAGUACUUGCAAACCUUCUAUUUUUGAAUAUUCAGAAAAAGCAACAAUGGCUGACAGAAGAUGCUUUGCUGAUCCAAACGGCAGUCCAAUUUUUCCGUGCGCUUGCUUACUCUCAACUUAAUUUUACCUUAGAGAACAUUUUCAUACCUUUUUUGAAGUCUUCAUUCAAUAACUUCAAUUUCGAGAUCAUAAGCCACGAAAAGCUAUUACUUUGCAUCAGAUCAUACUGCUGCAUUCUUUGGGACCAUCAAAACCACGAAAGACCACCAUUUCCCACAGAUGACGUUAUACAGAAUUCCCUUGACCCUCUGGAAUUCAGUAAUAUUGGAGCAGGAAAUGUUUUUGAGUACGAGGCUUCUAAUUCCCAAGUCCAUGAGGAAAUUUCAUCCAUUUUCUUAAAAGUUAUGUUUUUAUUGGAAUCUCAGUGUGGCUGCAAAACUUUAGACUAUUCUCCUGGUACGGGAUCUGCACCUGCAACUCCAUCUUCUGCGACAAGCUCUUCAAGUUUACACCAAAGAAUAUCGAGUUUAACGUAUUUCCAUACUGCGGAUGACACAUCUUACAAAAAUAGCGAGCUUUUCACAACAGUCAUCACAAGUAUUUCUUGGUGUGCAAACACCACAAACUCUUCUCAGUAUAGAAAGAUUGUUGAACUACUAGUCAAAAAUUGCAUUCAUGAGAAUGAGACUACUGCACAGUUCUGCAUUGAUGCACUAAAGAUCUUAAUCUGUAAGAAGAAUCCAAAUCUGAUAACGACCACUUUUGCAACAAUCGCUUUUUGUCUAGACGAGAAAGUAUCCAACCUGUCCGCUCAUGAGUAUUUAUCUUCUGACAACUAUGUGAAACUGCUCGAGGUGUAUUUGGAAGUUCUUCAAUCUUGGCUUGAAUCUUUGACCGAAACAGAAGAGCAAGAUACCGAGGACACCGCAAAUGCGAUGUACAAUGUUAACCAUGGCUUUGUACAAGAGGAAAUUAGGGAAACCAAAAAGAUCGAGUCCUUAGAGCUGAAAAGUAUGGCCACAUUGAUUGAUGAUGUGGAGGGAAAUGCCUUAUUUUUCCUAUUCAGUCAUGAUUUCCGUGUGCGAUACUUGGGUUGCCAAAUUUUACGAAUGGUUACCCAAUUUGAUGAAGCAAUAUACAGCUUGUCUACAGAAGACAUAGAAGUGAAAAAAGGACACAAUAGGCUUCCUUCUAAGUUUGCAGCAGAGUCUGGAACUAGAAUUAUAGAAGUUCUAGGAUCACUAAACUUCGUGGAUUUUGCGAAGCUCAAGAAAGCACAAUUCAGCGAAGCUGAACUCAAAAGAUAUAAUAAGUUUGCGAACAACGACAGAAAGAACUCAAUUAUAAAACUAGCCGAAAGCAGUCACGGUGUAGACGCAGCACUGUGGUUCAAAAUCUUUGAGGAUGUCUUAGAAAUUUUGGUAAAAACAUGCCCUAUCCAGAUUGCGAUUGCAAGAUCUCAUAGUUGCAUUAGGCUUGUUCAACUUUAUGAUCAAAUUGUUCGCAUAAAUAACGAUGGAGGAAACGGGAGGGACAAUGCUGUAAUUUGGGAUUAUAUGUUGUACUUGAAAAUAGCAUGCGCAUCUUUAACUUCAACUAGUGAGCAACGUAUGCAUAUUCCAGAUUUAAAGGCAACUCAGCAAUCAUCAUCCUCUUCAAUAUAUUCUCCAUUGGUGAAAAGUCAUUCGAGGAAGAAGUCACAACAACUUUUUACCGUCCAACAUCAAAAGAUAACCAGUGCCAAGUCAAUUUUCAGGAUGGCAGUUCCUCUUCUGACAACAUCGAAGUCACGUUUGAGGGAUGCUAUUGUGGAAGGUUUGAGUUGCAUAAAUGUGAACAUUUUUAAAACAUUCAUACAGAGCAUCGAAUCUUCGAUUGAAAUCUGGGAAAAUCCAUUCAAAGGUGGUUUUUCAAGCGACAUGACAUUGAAGCAAGAAAUCUGCUGUGUUUUAAGUAAAGUGAUUUUCAAAUUCUCAAAAGCUCAUGAGGAUUAUUUGGACGAAUCAAUUCUACAAAAGCUUACACUUCUACUAUCGAACAUGUUGCACGUACUAAAUACCAAUCAUGCACAAACGAAUUUUAGAUAUCAGCGGUUGAGAAAAUACUUCUGUAACAUUUUUGAAACACUUCAAACAGAUUUGCUCGAGACUAACGAUGCUGAGAAGUGGUUCGGGUUUGAUUUUAGAAAGAAAAGUUUUGAGUUUUUAGUUGAAUGGACUGGAUAUGGUCAAACAGGCUCAAUUUUUUCUGAGAGAUAUAGUCUAAUGAGGAAAGCAAUAUCCACAGAGGACGACAAGUUGAAUCUUCAAGCGUCUUUGGAGAUGCAGAAACACCAAUUGCAGCUAAGUUCAAUAAGCUGUAUUUCCAAACUUUGUGGCAGUCCAAUUUCUGAAGGUGAUGAGUCUUUUGACUUCUUGACCACGUUUGGAUGGUUGGAUUCUUUAUUCAAAACCUACAAUGAAAAAAUUAGUGGAUUGGCAAGAAAUGCGCUAAUGGAUAUUCUAAUCGUUAACGGUAAAGUCAGUGAGAUUUUUGAAUUGAUCGUCAAAAAAUGCUACACUCAUGACUCAGCUCUAGGAAACUACUUUAUUACUCUUAAAGACGCCUUGAUAAAAGGUGUGAAAUUUGAAUAUGAAGUUUACCUGCCUCUUUCUUUGGCGUUGUUCUCAUCUGGAUCAGAAAAUUACAAUGUUAGAGCAGCUGCAGCGGUGUUACUCGAGUUCACAGAAAACAAAUUUUACAAAACGAAGAACAUUGCAAAUUAUGUUGAUGGCGUUUGUUGUAGAUCGAGAAUUAUAUACAAAAGGACAUUAUUCCAAUUAUCGACAUAUUUUGCAACUUCCCAUCCAGAGGAAAAAUUCAAGAUGAUUUCAGAGCUCACUUUAAUGUUCAACUUAGUUGGAUCCAGUCCAAGACGUGAUCUUGUUGCAGUACUCCUUCCAUGGGUUCAAACAGUUGAUCUUAAUUUAGAGAAUGAUACUCCAGACAGAGACAGCUGUUUGGUUGUGUUGUCAAACUUCUUUGACAUCACUAUGAGAUACAGUCAUAAAAUUCAAAACGAAUUAGAAGCAUUAUGGGUGGCAUUAGGUACGGACAGUACAGGAGAUGGUGUUAAAACAAUUUAUGACUACAUUAUCACCAAUUCCUUAGCUUUAAAGAAUUUAUCAUUUAUUGAGUGUUCAAGACAAGUCAUUGUUUCGUUAUCAACAAUUCCAUGCAAUUUCAACUUGAUAGAUUCUUUGAUUUCAAAUAUGGAACCGAAGUCUAUGAUUCCGUUUGAGCCUGAAGUUAGCAAAAUCUUAAUUUCAGAAAUAGAGAAACAAUCAUUUCCGGGCUUACCAUAUGUUGCUAAACUUUCAAAGCUAAUUCAAAAAAAUUCUUCUACAACAAUUCCAGCCUUUUCUUUGUGUGAACUAUCAAUGAUUUUCCUUUCUGAUCUGAUUUUGAUACCUAGCGAUAAGGUCAAGGAAAAUUUGCCAAUGUUGUUACAUGUCUCUAUUGCUCUUUUAGACCACCAACUUUUUGUUGUUCAAGAUCAAGCUGCUGCUUUAAUAAUUCAUUUGAUUCAUGAAUACGGAGAUGGCAAUAGUGAAGCAGGUCAGCAGACGAUCAGCUCAUUGAGAUCAUCUGAUUAUUCCAAAAAUCUAUGGACGUACGGAGACUUGACAUCUGUGAAAAAUAGUGGCAGAGUACCUGAUAGCAUGGAUACAUUGGUAAGAAAUAUCUUAAGUGUUUUUGAAGCCAAGAUACCAUCAAUUCAGAAAGACUGGAGUAUUAUGGCUAUCCACUGGGCAACUACAUGUAAGGUUAUGCAUGUAGCAUCAAGGUCUUUCCAGGUUUUCCGUUGUCUGAUUUCAUUUUUAGAUCAAACUAUGUUAAAAGACAUGCUAUCAUGCCUCACCAACACGAUAUCAGAUGAGAACGUAGGUAUACAAGGAUUUUCAAUGCAGAUAUUAAUGACGUUGAACGCAAUCACAUCCGAAUUGUACAGUGAACAGUUGAUUGCAUUUCCACAACUGUUUUGGUCAUCUGUAGCCUCUCUAACCACAAUUCACGAAAACGAAUUCAUUGAAGUUUUAUCAGCUCUCUCCAAAUUUAUUUCGAAAAUUGACUUCAACUCACCUGACACUGUUAAUUGUUUGAGCGCUACAUUCCCUCCUAAAUGGGAAGGAAAGUUUGAAGGACUACAAAAAAUCAUCAUGAUUGGGUUGCGAUCUUCUAACUCGUAUGAGCCAACGCUUAAGUUAAUGGGAAAAUUGAACCAACUAGAAAAUAGUCAAAUCAUUGGUGAUGGGAAACAUAGAGUUCUGUUAACUUUACUUGCAAAUAUGCCAAGAUUUUUGCACUCUCACACUACCAAAAGAUUUGCUGAAGAUAUCAUAACUGCGGGGAACUAUUUGGGUGAGAUGGCGGAUAAGAAUGAAGUAAUUGGAUUAUCCAGGAUAAUUGAGUCUUUGAUCAAGAGAAGAUUUAGAAACAAAGAAGAUUUCAUGAGCCAAAUUGUCAAUGUUUUAAAAAGACACUUUUUUCCACAAUAUGCGGCUGAGACUUUAGUGUUCUUACUUGGAUUGUUGUUCAACAAAAUCAGUUGGAUCAAAAUUGAGAUAAUGGAUUUGUUGAAACAUGUUUUUCGCGUUGUCGAUUUGAGCAGUGAUGAAUUUAUUGGUUUGGGUGCAGACUUGAUUGCUCCAUUACUCAGGUUGCUUCUUACCGAGUACGUGGACCAAGCAUUGGAAGUCCUAGAUGAGGCAGCAUCUAUCUCAGCGUCUCCAUUCGACAAACAUUACUUGAUGAUGUCUGCGGGUGAUUCGACAAUGAGAAAAGAUUAUGACAAAAUCGUGACGUUGUUUGGAAUUCCCGAUGACAGCGGAUGGUCUGUUCCUAUGCCAAGCGUCAGCACGGCGAUCACGAGAAACAAUAUUCAUUCCGUUUAUUCUACAUGCGUGAAAAGUAUAUUUUCUGCGGAAUCGCAGUAUGUACAGUAUAACCCAUUGACUCCUGAGCUUCAACAGCAAAUCAACCGCCACCACCAGCAGCAAGAACAGUUCAAUGCCGAUAAUGUGUCAGUGACAGACAAGGAUUCGUUGAGCAACAUGCUUGCUACGUUAGAAACCCUUGAUUCUUUCUUUACCAAAGAUGGCAAGGAGAUGCAGGGCAAUUAUGGACACAAGUACAGCAGCUCUGUAGACACCAGGUCGACAGCUACAACGAACACUACC